AAGAAGAAGAGGGGAAGGGACAAUACAAUCAUGCUGUGCUGUAUGAGAAGAACAAAACAGGUUGAAAAAAAUGAUGAUGCUGACCAAAAGAUUGAACAAGAUGGCAUCAAACCCGAAGAUAAAGCUCAUAAGGCAGCCACCAAAAUCCAGGCCAGCUUCCGUGGACACAUAACAAGGAAAAAGCUCAAGGGGGAAAAGAAGGGAGAUGCCCGAGCUGCUGAGGCUGAUGCAAAUGAUAAGAAGGAAGAAGCUGCUGCCACCGCCGAUGCAGUGGAGAAAAAAGAAGGUGACGGCCCUGCAGCUACGGAAGCUGCCCCAGCUGCUGGUGCUAAGCCAGAAGAGGCCAGCAAAGCUGGGGAGACUCCUUCAGAGGAGAAGGAAGCCAGCUCCCAGGCUGCUGCUUCUGAGCAGCCAGCCUCCAAGGCCACUGCCCCAUCAGAGGAGAAGCCGGCCUCUGCUGAAACAGAAAGUGCCACUAAAGCUUCCACUGACAACUUGCCGUCCUCCAAGGCCGAAGAUGCCCCUGCCAAGGAGGAACCUAAACAAGCCGAUGUGCCUGCUGCUGUCCCCACUGCUGCUGCCACCACUCCUGCUGCAGAGGAUGCUGCUGCCAAGGCAACAGCCCAGCCUCAACCCGAAGCAGCAGAAAGCAGCAAAACCGAAGAGAAGACAGAAGCUGUAGAAGAAACCAAACCUAUGGAAAGUGCCCAGCAGGAGGAGGAGAAAGGAGAUGAGAGCAAGGCGGACCAAGAACAUGCCUGAACCUUAAAGAAAUGACUCCCUGCCUCCCUUUCCUCCCUCCUCCUGACCCAUGUCUCUCUGCACCCUCUACUCUCCCCCAGCUCCUGAGUCCCCCUUCCUAUCCUGCUCACAUCUGUGGGCCUGUCUUCUCCCCCUGCCCCCACAACCCUCUUUCUCUCUGUGUGGCAAACAUUUAAAAAAAAAAAAGCAGGAAAGAUCCCAAGUCAAACAGUGUGGCUUAAACAUUUCUUUGUUUCUUGGUGUUGUUAUGGCGAGUUUUUUGGUAAUGAUGAUCCAAUCAUUUGGGAAAUUCUUGCACUGUAUCCAAGUUUUUUGAUCUGGUGCGUGUGGCCCUCUGGGAGUCCACACUCCCUCUCUCUCUGUUCCAAGUGUGUGUGCAAUGUUCCGUUCAUCUGAGGAGUUCAAAC